UUGUUAACGAGUGGAAAAUAAUUAGUGAUAAUUGAUUUGGAGAUCGCAGAAAAAAGAGAUUUCGAUUGCAUUUGUAGAAAAUUGUUGGAGAGAAGCGAUGGCAGCGGUUAAAUUAGACAGCCUUGGGAAGGAAAAAAUCGAGGAGAUCAUCAAUUCAUUUGACACGAUUUUGGCGGAUUGCGAUGGAGUUCUGUGGCUUCAAAACAAUCCAAUCGCCGAUGCAGCGAAUGUAAUGAAUGCAUUUCACAAUAGCGGAAAACGAAUUUUCUACGUAACAAACAACAGUACAAAAAGUCGAGAGGAGUUCGUUGCAAAAGCCACAAGUCUAGGUUUCAUUGCAAGCACUGACAGUGUUCUCUGUACAGCUUAUUUAAUAGCUAAUUAUCUAAAAGAUAUAAAUUUCACAAAGAAGGCGUACACAAUUGGAUCAACAGGGAUUACGAGGGAGUUGGAUAAAGCUGGAAUAUCUUAUUGCGGUGUGGGACCGGAUCCAGUCGGCGAAAAUUUCACCUACGAAGGGGCCUUCACUCCCGAUCCAGAUAUUGGAGCUGUCAUCGUCGGGUUUGAUCUGCAUUUCAACUACAUGAAAAUGAUGAAGGCUGCGACUUACCUUAAUAACAAAGAUACCCUGUUUAUUGCAAGCAAUACUGAUGAACGAUUUCCAGGAUCGGAAACACUUAUCAUUCCAGGAACUGGGAGCCUAGUGAAGAGUAUUGAGACGUGUUCUGAGCGUGAAGCAACAGUCAUGGGAAAACCAGCUCCCUACGCCGCGAUUAUGUUGCAGAAAAACUUCAAAAUUGAUCCGAAGCGUACCCUAAUGAUUGGUGAUCGUGCAAAUACGGAUAUUCUAUUCGGUAAAAGAUGUGGAUUCAAGACUCUACUCGUUCUAACUGGUGUAUCAACAAUCCAAGAUAUUGACAACUGGAGUAAGUCGAAUGAUCCAAAAAACAAAGAGUUAAUACCAGAUUAUUACACACAAACAAUCGGCGAUAUUCUGCCGCACAUAAAAAAUUUGAGUAAUUGAUGAUUAUUGAUUCUAGAAAAUCACAAUUUUACUAUUAUUUCUAAAUUUCUA